AUGUGUUCCUAUGAAUUCCCAGGUUGCUACCAGAAGCCCUUCAGAAUGUCCAAGCCCAAGACUCAGUUGCAACAACUUGCUGAACAAUACAUAGAAAUCUACCACACGUACUCUGGGAAUUCUGACAGCCUUGACAAGCAGGCAUUUAAGAAGAUGCUGGACGAGCAGUUUCCUGACACUGAUGAGGUGAGAGGGAGAUAAGAGGAGGCAGGGGCAAAUUCUGGCCACUCAAGGCCCUGGGACACCCAUUGGCACCAAUGUGCAGGGCUCCUUUGGCCACGUUAAGAGGGGGAGGGGCUGAAAUCUCACCAGGUCUCUGCUUUGAAGGUUGCUCAGCUACUCUGAAAACAAAGCAUAUCUAGGGAUGGGCAGAUAUGUCUGUUUCAGUCACUUUUCAGUCUUAAAUCCCGUUCUCCCCAUUUGCGCUGCAUUUUUUAAAAAAAUGUUUACUGUAAUUCUUUCCUAUUAAAGAUAUUUUUGUAUGCAUUUUUGCCCAAUAUACACAUUUUUGCAAAGCACCUUUCCCUAAUACGCUGCAUUUUUGUAUGUUAUUAUUGUGUAGAUAUAUGGUGUGUGUGUGUGUGUGUGUGUGUGUGUAUAGAGUACACUUUACUGUAGCAUAUGAAUUUUUAUAUGUAUUACUUGUGCCUGGGGAAAUGCAACAAACACAUCUGAAGUCUUCUCUCCUCCAUUUCUCCACCCCCAACACUGCAGUCUCCCUUGAAGCAACAAAAGAGAGACCAGCUCUUCGUGGAGGCAGACAUAAACAAGGACGGCAAACUGAGUUUUGCUGAAGUGGGACGCCUGGUUGCAAAAUUCAUCGCUGAAACUCAUGAGAAACUCCAUAAGUAAGAAGGGCGUCCCCUUGGCCACCAGAAAAAAUAGGUCCAGCAAAUCCUUCAGGAGACGUCAGGGGCGUGUUGGAUACUAACCCUCCAAAUAUUCACAAACCCCUAUCUGCAUUCUCUAGCUUGGAAUGUAAUGCUUUGGCAACAGAAUAAGAAAUAAACAUUUAACUUGGAAAUCAUUUGGUGUCUUAUUGCAACCUCAGUCUGACAAACUGCUGCCUUACUGGCUUUUCUAUAUUCAAACUCUUUCCUGGGUGACUAUGGAAGAUUAGCUUCUUCACACACCUCCUUCCAUCUUAGAAGUUCAUUCCCAUCUAGGUCGAGUAUUUUAAUUUCACAGAAAUAGUCGGGAUUCGGACGUCAGAAACAGUGUCCGGGAGGAAACCACUGAAAUGUCAGAGUGUAUGGCAACCCAUGUCGAUUUGGGCGAAUUUAAUUUAAAAUAGCUCAGAAACUUCCUUUUAUUUUUGAGAUCUUGCAAAACUAAAUAAAGCUUAACCCCCCCCAAACCCCCAACAAACUUUUUCUGGAAUAUGGCAACCCUACUAUACCUACAAGCAACGCUUGGUGUGGUUGUUGGAGUGUUGGAACCAAGAGCAGUGGUGCAGUAUUUGGGGGUGGGGAGCACAGGGCCAGUCGCCCCAGGAGCAAAAUUGUUAGGGGGCAUAAAAUUAACACCCAGUUCUGCCUCAGUACAGCUGUGCGCUUUCAUUCCCGGGCUCCACUGAAAACGGCUUCUCCAUGCAAACCAAGAAGGGACCUUUCCAGACAAUGGAACGACUCUUUCCUUACUUAUCUCUAUGGCUGCAGUCUCUUGGUUGACAUGGACACUGUUAGGCAGCUGACUGCAUAUGCGUAUUCCAUUUCUCUCUCCCUCCCUCUCUCCCAGUCUGCAUGGCCCUGUGUGCUGGUAACCCAUGUUAUGCCACUGCCUGAGAGUCCAGGCUUCAAAACUCCACUCAGCUAUGAAUCUUUGUGGGUGUGACCUUGGGGCACUCACUGUCUCUCAGCUUAACCUAGCAUGCGCGCGCGUGCCGGGGUGUGUGUGUGUGUUAUGAGGAUAUAACAGGGAGCAGGAGAAGCCACUAUAGUCACCUGGAGCUACUUAGGAGGUAAAAACUGGGAGACCAGAAGCAGGUGGAACCAGAUUCUUUUAAAAUAAAUUUUAUUUGCAAUCUUCACUUUUACAAGUUUUCACCUUUACAUUCACCAACAGAAACCAAUAAACCAUCGACUUCCCUUUCCCCCUUCCAUAGUCCAUUCUGGUUAUCCCCUGCUGCUGCAUAUUCUAAUUCACGGGUACGCAAACUAAGGCCUGGGGGCCGGAUUCGGCCCAAUUGCCUUCUAAAUCCGGCCCGCGGACGGUCCAGAAAUCAGCAUGUUUUUACAUGAGUAGAAUGUGCGCUUUUAUUUAAAAUGCAUCUCUGGGUUAUUUGUGGGGCAUAGGAAUUUGUUCAUUUUUCCCCUUCAAAAUAUAGUCCGGCCCUCCACAAGGUCUGAGGGACAGUGGACCGACUCCCUGCUGAAAAAGUUUGCUGACCCCUGUUCUAGUCAUUCCAUGUUAAUUCUUUCUCAUUAUGUCACAACUUAAUUAUAUACUGCUAGUUCUUCUAACAUUUUAACUUGUUUACAGUUAUCCUUCAAAUAUUCUACAAACCUUUUCCACUCUUCCUUAAAUGCUUCCCCCCCCUUCCUGUUCUGUUAGUUAAACUUCCCAUUUCUGCAUAAUCCAUCAAUUUCCACCCCCAUCGUCCAGCCCAGACACUGAGAUCCAGCACCGAGGGCCUUCUGGCGGUUCCCUCAUUGCGAGAAGUGAGGUUACAGGGAACCAGACAGAGGGCCUUCUUGGUAGUGGCACCCACCCUGUGGAAUGCCCUCCUAUCAGAUGUGAAGGAAAUAAGCAGCUAUCUUAUCUUUCAAAGACAUCUGAAGGCAGCCCUGUUUAGGGAUGUUUUUAAUAUUUAAUGCUGCAUUGUUUUUAACACUCGAUUGGGAGCUGCCCAGAGUGGCUGGGGAAACUCAGCCUGAUGGGCGAGGUAUAAAUAAUUAUUAUAUAAUUUCGUCUGCCGUUCUUCCUAUGUUGGUAACUGCUCCCUCCCUCCAUUUCUGAGCAGCUGGAACCAGAUCCAAGAACUGGCAGAACCAACGAAUUCUAGUUUUGUCUCCAUCAUCGUUCUCCUUACUGACAUCCCCAAGGGCAACACUGACACCUAGAGAGGAGGCAGUUGACAGGCAGGACAAAGCCCAGGGCUGGUUGAUAGUAAGAACACAAGUAGACUCCUGCUGAGAGCAGAGGUUCCAAGUUCCUGGUCUGCUGUGAAGCUCUCUGUGUGUGACCUUCAAUAUCUUGAGUCCCCCUUCCUAUCAGCGCACAGAAAACACGUUCAAUGAUUCUUCAGAAACACAGCAAAUACAUUUCCUUUGCUCAUAAUAACCGAGUUAGACAUAACAAUAUGGUUAAAAUCAACGCCGCACACAGGAAGAAGAACUUGCGAAUCACAAAUUAAAUGCGUCAACAUGAAUUGAAGUUAAAAAUAUUGUAGCUGUUGCAUAAGGGAUUACUAUUAAGAUUGGACUGUAAUUGGAUUGAAUAAUAGUUUGAAAGCAGAAUUAAAGGGAAUUAUUCAACCUUGAAAUCUAGCACAUGGGGGCCCACCUAAAUUAUGUAAUUGGCUAUUUGAUUGAUUGGUAUUUGAAUUCGUAUUGAUAAGGCUAAUGUUGGAUUUUUAAGAUGGAAAACUAAUAAAAAUUAUUACCCCCCAAAAAAGAAAAUAACCAUGAAGUUAAUAGCAUACGAUCCUCAUAAAAUAUUGACAUAAUGGCAAAAUAUUAGAUAAGCUGAGAAACCCUAAUUAAAUCUCAAUUACCCAAAUCAGCAAGGCUAGAACUGAACAAGCAAAAGGUGCUGUGCUCAAAGGAAGCAAUAAUUACACUCAAUUUUUUCCUUUGAAGGAUAUAAUUUUUUCUUACCUUUCUCAAUUAUCAAAGAAAAACAAGACCGCAUGCCACAAAAGAUCCAGCUUUAUGUGAGGAUUUGAUAAAACAUAUGCCCCCAAUACAUACCUUGCAACUUCUGCAACAACUUUGAUUAAACAAAGCCUAGUAUCUCCAAAGUAAAAUAAGGUUAGAAGCAUCUUAAGAAAACUACAUCAGAUGCAAACAUUUGCUGCUUUUAAUAAAUCGUAUCAGUUGUGCAGACUUGUUAUCGAAACCCAAGUUGUACAAGAAUGUGUUUGGCUCACAUUUGAGUGUGCUAAAAGUAUCCAGGUGAAAAAUAACAUUCGUUUCAUCUAUGAGCUGGGGAUAGAGAAAGUUGGGCCAAGUCAAGAUUUUCUUUUUGUAACAAGAGAUAUAAGGCUAUAGGUUCAAGAUAGGGAACAGGGAGUAGCGAUAUUCCAGUGUGGCUUCCCUCUGAAGGCCAGGACAAAUAUAGAAAGGCACCUUUUAUUCCCAUUUUAAUAAAUGUAAUGGUGCCUAGGGGUAAGAAACCAGCCGAAAUGGGUGCAGAACUGAGGAUAUUCACCACAGUUCUAGACAGUGCUUUUUCCUGGGGAGACGCAUAUCUCUAAACAUUUUGUGAAUCUAAGUUUGGCCUCAUUGAGGGGCAGUAUUUCAAUAUGGGGAGGAAAAUGAGAGUAUCCCUAAAUAUUUUUUUAAGGAAAAAAACACUGGUUCUAGACCUCACAGAAAGCAGACCUAUAAGGAGUGCCUCACAGUGCCAACUUGAAUUAAAAAAAUGUUGGGCCCAGGUAAGCCCAGCCCUGCAAAAUCGAUCACAUAACACAGCACAUGCAGACCAUUUGAAUGGAAAUGUCCAUCGACUUGGGGUGCAUGCUGGCUUCCUCACAUAUUUUAUUGGGGAGGCAAAGGGACCUCAGCCCUUAGGAGUUGGCUCCUUCUUCCCAGGGCCAGAUUUAGGUUUGAUGAGGCCCUAGGCUACUGAAGGUAAUGGGGCCCUUCAUAUGUCCAGCUGUCCUUUGCCAACAACAAAUUGUCACUCUUUUUUGUGUUGAAUAUAUGCUAUAUGGUAAUUUACGGACCCAAUAGGUAUCUAAAGCCAUUUGCACAUGUUGUCCAUGCAGAAUGUAGGCACCUUAUAUAUAGAAAUGAGCAAACCAGUGAUAUUUCAGGGAGCAGGCUAGCAGACGGGGCCUAUUACUUACAUCAUAGGCACCUACACAACACAAAACACUGUUGCUGUAUGUAGGUUUUAUUUUAUUUUUUAUCUUAUAUUUUGGAAAUGUACAUCCAGUCCCCCCCCUUUAAAUUGUCAACAACAAAAGUCAACAACAAAUUGUCACUGUUUUUUGUGUUGAUUAUAUGAUACAUGGUAAUUUAUGGACCUAAUAGGUAUCUAAAGCCAUUUGCGCAUGUUGCCAUGCAACCAGUCCAUGCAGAAUGUAGGCACCAUACAUAUAGAAAGGAGCAAACCAGUGAUAUUUUGGGAACAGGCUAGCAGGCGGGGCCCAUGACUUACAUUAUAGGUGUCACGGUCUGGUUCACGGGCGAUCAAAGUCCCAGCUGGGGAUGUCAGGGCCGGGGGCGAGAUGGCAGGGUGGGAGCAGGAACGGGAGUCCAGAAGCCAGGAGUCAGGAAGCCAAGGGUCCGAGGGUCAGGAAGCAAGGAGUCACGAAGUCAGGGGUCCGAGGAUCAAGAAGCAAGGACUCACGAAGUCAAGGGUCCAAGGAUCAAUAAGCAAGGAGUCAAGGAGCCAAACGCAGCAGGGCAGUGAAUGUGUUGCUGUGGAAAAGAGCCGAAGGGAAAUGCUGACCUUAUAUCCCUUCCUGGCUCUUGCCACCAGGUGCUGUGAGUUACCAAUCGGCCUCACCUGUGCGGCUGCACCUUGCCUCUUCAGAACAAACUUAGGAAGGCCCCAGUCCUGCAAAGUCCUAUUGGUCACAGGGUCUGGCUCCUGCACGCACACCUGACAAUAGGAGCCUACACAACACAAAACAGGGUUGCUGUAUGCAGGUUUUAUUUUAUUUGGUUUUUAUCUUAUGCUUUGGAAAUGUACACCCAGUUCCCCCCCCUUUAAUUUUUUUGGGGCCCCCAAGAGAGUGGGGCCCUAAGCUAUAGCUUGUUUAGCUUAUACGUAAAUCUGGCACUGCUCCUAUGCCUCACAGGGCACGUAGAUGUGGUGCUGGUAAAUGGCAGGCCAUGUCUGGCCAUGACUUGCAGGCAGGAAUGUCUACCCAACCCUGAGUCGUGCUGGUGCAUGAAUCUCUCAAGUGAAAACAACACCCCAAAAUGCAUUGUUGACAAGCUAAACUGUGUGCAGAGGAGGGUGACGAAGAUAGCAAAGAUCCUGGAAACCAAGUUUUAUGAGGAACGGUUGAGGGAGUUUGGUAUGUUUUAGCCUGGAGAAGAGAAGACUGAGAGGGGAUGUGAUAGCCAUCUUCAAAUAUUUGAAGGCCUAUCUCAUGGAAGAUGGAGCAAGCAGGGGUUGGAUGGUCACCUGUCAGGGAUACUUCAGUUGUGAUUCCUGCAUUGCAUGGCGUUGACCUCUGUGACCCUUGACAUCCCUUCCAGCUCGACAAUUCCUAUUGGGAAAGAUGCUCAGCUAUAAUAUGUGCGUUAGGUCAAACUGCGCUGAGCAAUGGGUGUAUUAGGAGAAAUGGAGAUGGGUUUUCAUGGGGGCUUCAGCAAACAAAUAAAUCACCCGCUGGUGUGGAAAUACGGUAUACAGAACGGAAGACUGGAGAAAUGAGGAACUGGAAUUGGUAGAUAAGCCCAUCCCUCGUUGUAGCCAGUAGUUGUUUUUGCCUCAGAGAAAGCCUAUUGGCAUGAAUAGACAUGAAUGCCUCAGGUCUAUUCACUCCAGUAGGUUUCCACAGAGUGUAAGUUGGUUGCACAUAACCCACUGAACUCAUUUCAUCACAGCUGCAAAUUUUUUUACCCAGCAUUAAAGGUUGCACAACACUUAGUGUAGCUUCCAGGAAGUCCCAGGGCCACCCAUGCUCUCAGCAGCAAACCGUCUUAAUUAAUUUAUCUUCAUUACAUUCUAGGAAGCAUAGAAAGAAAAAAUAUUGCGGCUGUGGAAAGGAAAGUAUGUUAUAAUAAUAAUAAUAAUAAUAAUAAUAAUAAUAAUAAUUUAUUAUUUAUACCCCGCCCAUCUGGCUGGGCUUCCCCGGCCACUCUGGGCGGCUUCCAAAAGAAUAUUAAAAUACUAUAAUACAUCAAACAUUAAAAGCUUCCCGAAACAGGGCUGCCUUCAGAUGUCUUCUAAAAGCCUGGUAGUUGUUGUUCUCUUUGACAUCUGGUGGGAGGGUGUUCCACAGGGAAGGUGCCACUACCGAGAAGGCCCUCUGCCUGGUUCCCUGUAACUUGGCUUCUGCAGUGAUGGAACCGCCAGAAGGCCCUCGGUGCUGGACCUCAGUGUCCGGGUAGAAAGAUGGGGGUGGAGACGCUCCUUCAGAUAUACUGGACCAAGGCCGUUUAGGGCUUUAAAGGUCAGCACCAACACUUUGAAUUGUGCUCGGAAACGUACUGGGAGCCAAUGUAGGUCUUUCAAGACCGGUGUUAUGUGGUCUCUGCGGCCGCUCCCAGUCACCAGUCUAGCUGCCGCGUUCUGGAUUAGUUGUAGUUUCCGGGUCACCUUCAAAGGUAGCCCCACGUAGAGCGCAUUGCAGUAAUCCAAGCGGGAGAUAACCAGAGCAUGCACCACUCUGGCGAGGCAGUCCGCAGGCAGAUAGGGUCUCAGCCUGCGUACCAGAUGGAGCUGGUAAACAGCUGCCCUGGACACAGAUUUGACCUGUGUCAAAUAUAUACACUUGAAAGAAACGGACUGACACAACGUAAGAUGGGCAGCUGAUAAAAAACUGAAGAAAAGCACCAUAAAGAGUAGGAAAAAUAUAUAUAUCACACACACACCCUACCACUGCAGUGUAUCGCAUAUCCAAAACAUAUCCACCAGGCAGGUAAGCAUGUUAUUCAUUCUCCCAGGAUCGAUGAGUUAAAAACAAAUUACAAAAUUUAUACAUAAAAAUUCAAAUGUAUUUUACUGUUUUAGAAAUAUAUCACAUGAAAAGGAAAGGUGUGCCUACAUCAAAUAAAACUUAUUGUAUAGCGGUAACAGGGGUUCAUAGAAUUGUAGAGUUGGAAGGGACCCUGAGAAUCAUCUAGCCCAGCGGUUCUCAACCUGUGGGUCCCCAGAUGUUGUUGGACUACAACUCCCAUCAUCCCUGACCACUGGUCAUGCUGGCUAGACAUGAUGGGAGUUGUAGUCCAACAACAUCUGGGGACCCAUUCUAGCCCAACCUCCUGCAAUGCAGGAAUACAAUGCAGCUGUCCCAUAUGGGGAUUUAACCUGCAACCUUGGGGUUACCAUCACUACGCUCUAACCAGCUGAGCUACGCUGAUAUUGCUCUUCAAUAUUAGUAAAUGCUAUAAACUCAGACCACACCACAGUAAACAUAUCUUUCUCAAUCUGACCCUGUACCCUAGGAGCAGGGCCGUCUUUUAGCAUAUGAGCUGCUGGGGGUGCAAAGAUCCACCCAGCGCCCCCAAAUUAACUAUUAUUGAGCUUUUUUUGGGAGGGGGGAAGCCAAAGUUGUUGACCUUUUUUCAGGGGGGAAAUUGCUCGCCUGUAACGAUGACACAGUGGAAGAAACUGCUUUUGUUUCCUGACUCAUUGGGAAAUAUUUGAUGCUACGUAGUAACGGAGUGAUGGGGGUGGGAACUUUCGCUCCAUUGCUUUUCACUGCCGCUGAUUGAGAGGGACCGGUAUAUAGUACAUAUACAGUGGUGCCCUGCAAGACGAAUGCCUCGCAAGACGGAAAACCCACUAGACGAAAGGGUUUUCCAUUUUUGAGUUGCUUCGCAGGACGAAUUUCCCUAUGGGCUUGCUUCGCAAGAUGAAAAUGUCUUGCAAGUCUUGAGAUUUUUUUUUCGCUUCCCCCCCCCUUUAUCUAAGCCGCUAAGCCUUUAAUAGCCUUUUAGCAGCUAAUCCGCUAAGCCGAUAAGCCUUUAAUAGCCGCUAAACCGCUAAUAGUGCUAAUCCGUUAAGCCGCUAAUAGGGUUGCUUCGCAAGACGAAAAAACCGCUAGACGAAGACACUCGCGGAACGGAUUAAUUUCGUCUUGCGAGGCACCACUGUACAUUUGGCCCCCACCAGAAUCUGGCGCCUGAGGGCCCUGCACCCCUUGCACCCCCGGGUAAAGACGGCCCGGCAUAAGAGCCAACUCCUAGGUUGAAGGGCAUUACCAUUCAAAUGGUGUGCAUGUGCCACAUCAUGCGAUUGAUAAUGUGGGGCGGGGUUUACCUGGGGCCCACCCCAAUAUUUUAUUUUGUUCAGUAUUUUUAUUCAACCCUGCUCUGUAUAACCCUCAUCUUGUUUGUUAAUUUUCCUAAAAGCACAUUGCGCAGUCCCAUACCGCUUGUUACCAAUUUGACAGUGUAGCGCCUGAUAAAUAUUUUCAAUGCCUAACUAUGGGCUUAUCCACACUGUCCAUUUGCCCAGAUCUGCGCUUAGAAGCUCCACAUCAGAGCGUUUUGUUUUUGCCCCUCAGCUUCUGCCGAAAAGCUGCUCUUUAGCGUUCCAUCGGAGCAAACUUCAAUUUGGGUUUUCUGUUUGCUCCGAUUGAGCUUUGAAGAGUGUGUUUUCGUGGGGAAAGCCCUGGUAGCAAAAAAUAAAGGGUGCUUGGACGUGGAGCUUUUAAGUGUGGACCAUGUCCGGGAAGAGUGGAGGAAAACUAAGUGUCGGUAAUAAUAAUAAUAAUUUAUUAUUUGUACCCCGCCCAUCUGGCUGGGUUUCCCCAGCCACUUUGGGCGGCUUCCAACAAAGAUUAAAAAUACAUUAAGUCCUAUAACACUUCUUGCAGCUUGUAACAGAUGUCCAGCAUGCUCCUUACUGCGUAAGUCUACGUUGCCUUCUGUAGAAAAACUCAAUGAAAACAACUGUGGUUCAAUCUGUCGCCUUGUUCUUUUAUUCAUUUCGGUGAAAACGGAUAACCCAAAUGCUUUCACCUUUAGGCAAUCCCACCAUGCAUGGAAAUACCGCAAGUAACAGGAGUGGCAUCCUCUCUAAUAGUUUGGUGAGGAUCCUGGGUGAAUCACUGCGAACUUUCUAGGGGGCCAAACUCCACUGAUGUAUUAAUUUCAAAACCCAUUCCUGGUUCCUCACUGAAACCGAACUGAAAGGAGGCUUCACCCAGAGUUUGCUCCAUUGAUCUGACUCCAUUUCUUGUUGCCCUUUGAUCUUUUUAAAAGAAUCUUAAGAGCCUACAAAGGACCAUCACAAGAUUCCACCCUCCUCCAUUAUCAGAUAUUGUUAUUUCUUUUUCCAGAAAGGAAGAGUUGUCUACUGGCUACUUUUUGUGCGGAAAAAACCAGCCGGAUUUGUCGGAGUUUUACAAAGCUUUCAAAAGGAUUGCCUCACAGGCUGUGCAAACAAGGUACUGGAAAAUGACAGAGCCUGACUGGCCGUAGCAAGGGGGAAAAACCCUACAGCGGUGUGCAGCUGAAGGAAGAACACAGAUAUCUUAAGCAAGAGGUGAGUGGUGCAAGAGGGAGAUGGCUUGAGAAGGAUCAAAGGUUUUGCAACUAGGGUGGGUGGGAGCAGGGAUCUGGACAAGGAGUAUAAGAAGAGGGGCUGUCACAGGGCUCACCACCACAUCUUGGCUCAUCCUAGCUCUCUCGUUGAUCACCGACCGAGGUAAGCUGGAGAAGAACGGGAGGCCUUCUUGUGUUGCUUUCAGGUUUUAGCUUUUGCAUUGGACGUGGGGUGCUAAAUCUUUUUGAGGAUAGCAGCUUGGGCAGGGAUGAAAAACAUGUGCCUGUCUGUCUGUCUCUUUCUCUCUGUGGAUACCAGAUGCUGUUGGAUACCAACUCCCAGGCCUUCCCAUCUCUAGAUAGUCCUCCCUGCAGCAAUAGCAGAGAGCAUGUUAGAGAGGAGUAUUUCUCCUAGAUGGACUUGGUGACGUUGAUGGGCUCUAUCUUCCAUCAUUCCUGACCAUUGGCUAUGCUGGCUGGCACUGAUGGGAGGUGAGCCCAUCUGGAGGGCAUCAUACUAGCUACCCUGGCUCUAAGGCAAGUCUCCCCAACCUAUUUCUUGCUAGCUGUUUGGCAUUGCAACUCCCAUCAGACCUAACACUGUGGCCAAUGGCCAGGGAUGAUUGGGAAGUCCAAAACAACAGGAGGGCACCUGGUUGGGUUAGGCUGUCUUAGAGCAGAGGCAGUUGUUUUGAUGCUCUCCAGAUGUUGCUGAACUCUGACACUCAUCAACAUUGACCAUGGACUAUUGGAAUUGGAAGUCUUAACAGCAUCUGGAGGUUCACCAAAUUGACUCUGCUUGCUGUAUGACAGCCUUUCUCUAACCUGGUGCCUUCUAACUGUUUUGGACCACAACUCCCAUCUGCCCUGACAUCACGACCCUUGGCCAGAGCUGAUGGGAGGGAGCUGGAUUCCAAAACAUCUGGAGGGCAGAAAGACUGUCCUAAAAGGAUUCAGAUGGACACCUAGUAGCUGGUGUGAAGAGGUUAUGCUCUCCUGAUUACGUUUCCUUACUAAGCUAGCAUUCUCUGUAUUCUCUUGUCUUGAGCAGAUUCUUUGCAAGUGUAGGAGAAUAGUAGAAGCUAAUUUUGGUGGCAGCAAAUGGGGAAGAGAGGAGUGUGAGAUGCUUUGCCUCAUGACCCCAAAUACCUUAGCUCAGGUGUGGACAACCUGCUGCUCUCCCAAGGUUGCUGAACUAGAACUCCCAUUAUCCCUGCUCAUCAGCCAUGCUUGCUUUUGGACUCCAAAAACAUCUGGAGGGAGAAGAAUUCCCUACACCUGAUUAGCUGAUAUUGGAAACUUGACACUUUCAAUUUGAGAGGGUGUGUGUGUGUUUGUGCGUCAGGCAACAAAAUGGCUGGACUUAGCUUUGGUGUGAAUUCAGAAAUAAGGGUGCGUCCACCAGGGGUGUUUUCCAGAUGUUGAGAGAGACAACUCAACACAUGUGCUUUUAUUUUCAUUUCAUUUACUACAACACCCCAAAAUUUCAUUAUUUUAAGACAAGCCCAAAAUAUAAAUUGCACGUCUGCAUUAGAGAAUUAAGCAGCUUUUAAGUAACUUAAAUGAACAAGUUAAGUAAUAAGAUUCAAAUUAUGUAGGACUCUAUUCCUGACCCAGCAGGGCGCCUCUUGCGUUUUUAAGAGUGAAGGAGGUCUCUCAUCUUCAUGGCCUGACUGUGGACUUCCUGGUGGAAUCUGAUAGGGUUCUUCUUAUGUUCAUAUGUCUAUCUAGGUUGCCAACCGAAAACCUUCAAAAUGUCCAAGUCCAAGACUCAGAUGCAAGUCCUGGCUGAUCAGCUGAUUGACGUCUUCCACAAGUAUGCUGGGCAAUCUGACACCCUCGACAAGCAGGAGUUCAAGAAGAUGAUCCUCGAGCAGUUUCCCGACUGCGUUGAGGUGAGGUGGAGAGCAGAAGGGCAUGGGCAACUGCCGGGCACUUAAAGCCCAAGCUGGAACAUUGGCAUUAAGGUGCAGGGUAUGUUAAGAUGGUGAGGGACCAGCGUCUCCCCAAGACAGUGUUUUGAAGCAUGUUCAGAUGAAAGCAAAGUUUACUUAGGGAUGAGUGGAUAUGUCCAUUUCAGUUCCCCUCAUGUCCUCCUUUCCCAGUCUGAAAUUCAGUUCUCCAUACAGCUUUUAAAAAGUAUUCUGCUAUCUACCAAUAAACACACUUUAAAAUGCAUUUUUGCAGAACACACACCUUUUUUUUUUUUGCAAAGCAAUCUUCCCUGUUAGAAUGCAUUUUUUUUUCACAUUACUGUAGUUUAAUGCAUAUACUUUUAUAUACUUGUACCUAUUACUUGGCUGGAGAAACGCAUUGCCAAAUCCAGAGAACUGAGGAUUUCAAGUGAUGCCUGAGUUUUGAGUUGCGGACUGCUUGGGAAAGUGCUGGUUUGGUAGAUUUGCCUUAAAAUGUGAAUUGGAUCAAAUUUCUCCCUCUUCCCUAAGUUUGUGUUCGUGUCUGUGUGUGCGCACACACACUUGUACACACACGGCUCCAUCUCUGCUCACUCAUCUUGCCAAACCCUCACAGCUCCUUCCACCCCCAACAGGGAAUGUGCAAAAGAUAGGGGAGUUCAGGCUUACUAAACCUACAGGGUAAGCCCCUCCCCACUCCAUUAAGCAGCUCACCUGGGCUGGCCUGCCAUUCCUCACCUUGCAGUUCGUGUGGCCCCCUAUCAGUGGCUGCUCCAAAUGCGGAGCAUGUCGACAUUCUACAUUUUGCUUUAUAUAGGAAGAUACAUAUGGGGAAGUUGCAGGAGGUAGCGGGGUUCAGGACCUCUCAACCACCUCAAAACAAUGCUUCUGAGAAGAGUCUGGUUUCCGGAUCAUGCCAAAAGCCUGUCUAGCCUAGAAUCCUUUUCUCAAAUACGUCUAUGGGAAGGAAGCCUAAAAGCAGGAUGUGAGUCUGGUUCUGAGUUAAAUGCCCACCGAUGUUACUCUGUGUUAAUUUCGUUCUGCUAAUCUGAAAUACAACUUCCACCCAUCUCAGUAAGGUUGGUUAAAAGCCAGGGAGGAUGGGAUGUAGUUUGUUUUCUCCUGCCCUAGAGAGUAGGACGUGAACCAAUGGCUUCAAGUUACAAGAAAGGAGAUUCCGACUAAACAGAAGGAAGAACUUUUUGAGAGUGAGAGCUGUUUGACAGUGGAACGGUCGCCCUCAGGAGGUCUCCCUUGGAGGUUUUGAAGCAGAUGUUGGAGGGCCACCUGGAUGCUUUAGCUGAGAUUCCUGCAUUGCAGGGGGUUGGACUAGAUGAUCCUCAGGAUCCCUUCCAACUCUACAAUUCUAUGAUUCUAGUCUAAUAGUGCCAGGAGGGCCACAGUUUUGUUUUCUGAUAGCAAUAAACUUCUACUCUCAAUCCCUGCAGUGUCCACGUAAGAAACAAGCGAAGGAACAACUCUUUAAUGAGCUGGAUACAAACAAGGACAACGUAGUGAAUUUUGAGGAAUGGACCCGCCUGGUUGGAAGAUUCCUCCAUUGCUCCCAUGAAAAGUUCCACCAACAACAUGGCGGACAGCAGCAGCAGCAGCAGCAGCCACAACAACAGUGA